AUAAAAAAAUAAGUAAAAAUCAGGAACAAGAGACCUAGCCAAGAUGUAACUUUGCAGGGCUUGGGGUACUCAUACCCCUUGUUAGAUGACGAAGUGGCCCCAGUCCCACUCUGCCCGGUUUCUGUCCCUUUCUCUGCUCUGAAUGUCCCAUGUACAUCCCAGGGGGGGAGCGGCAUGGCUGGUGAGGGCACAGAAGGAAACCCAGCCACACUUACGCUGGCUGACUAUCUAUGUCGGGGAGAAGGGAGCCUCAGAGUGAAGCUCUUGGCUGGGCCCCAGCAGGCUCUGCAGGGGGAUGGGACCUUUCAUAAGGGUGACAGCCAAGUUAUUCUGUUGACCUGGUCAAUAUUAGCUCAUUCCCCAGGAAGACAAGCACAGGUCCUAACUUUUCUUGUACCUCACUCUGAACUUGUGGAAGCAAUUUGUCAAACGCCGCCUGCAACCUGCCCUUCUCUUUUGCAGUGCCCCACUGCUCCCCCCCUAAACAAGGAUGGCUUCUCUUAUUUGGAGUUUAUAGGUUUGAGGAAGUAGAACUAUUUGUUACAAAGAAGAGGAGGCUAAGAGAGACACAGAGCCUAACAGAUCCAAUUUGUUCUGAGCUUGCACCCAGGACCCUAUAAUUAUUUCUCACGUUCCAAACCCGACACCCCAAACUGCAAUGACAAGUGCCUUAGGCCUUUGUGGAAGGAGCAGUGGCUGGGCGGGGAAGAACAGGCCCGCCGUGAGUGGGCAGAGCAACAGAGAGUGAUGCUGCUGAGCAGGUCUCCAUCAGGUCCCAAGAAGUACUUCCCCAUCCCGGUGGAGCACCUGGAGGAGGAGGUCCGAGCGCGCUCAGCCGAUGACUGCAAGCGCUUCCGUGAGGAGUUCAAUUCAUUGCCAUCGGGACACAUACAAGGAACUUUUGAACUGGCAAACAAAGAAGAAAACAGAGAAAAAAACAGAUAUCCCAAUAUCCUUCCCAAUGAUCACUCCAGGGUGAUUUUGAGCCAAGUCGAUGGAAUUCCCUGCUCAGACUACAUCAAUGCAUCCUACAUAGAUGGUUACAGAGAGAAGAAUAAAUUCAUAGCAGCUCAAGGCCCUAAACAGGAGACAGUGAACGAUUUCUGGAGGAUGGUCUGGGAGCAGAAGUCGGCCACCAUUGUCAUGCUAACGAACCUGAAGGAGAGGAAAGAGGAAAAGUGCUAUCAGUACUGGCCUGACCAGGGCUGCUGGACCUACGGUAACAUCCGAGUGUGUGUGGAAGACUGUGUUGUUCUGGUAGACUACACCGUCCGCAAGUUCUGCAUUCAGCCGCAGCUCGCUGAUGGCUGCAAAGCCCCUCGGCUUGUCUCCCAGCUGCACUUCACCAGCUGGCCAGACUUUGGAGUGCCUUUCACCCCCAUCGGGAUGCUGAAGUUCCUGAAGAAGGUGAAGACGCUCAACCCCUCACACGCCGGGCCCAUCGUGGUCCACUGUAGCGCGGGCGUGGGCCGGACAGGCACCUUCAUCGUGAUCGACGCGAUGAUGGACAUGAUACACGCCGAGCAGAAGGUGGACGUCUUUGAGUUUGUGUCGCGAAUCCGCAAUCAGCGUCCUCAGAUGGUUCAGACGGACGUGCAGUACACGUUCAUCUACCAGGCCUUACUGGAGUACUACCUCUACGGGGACACUGAGCUGGAUGUGUCCUCGCUGGAGAGGCACCUGCAGACCCUGCAUGGCACAGCCACCCACUUCAACAAGAUUGGGCUGGAGGAGGAGUUUAAGAAACUGACGAAUGUCCGGAUCAUGAAGGAGAACAUGAGGACUGGCAACUUGCCAGCCAACAUGAAGAAGGCUCGAGUCAUUCAGAUCAUCCCAUAUGACUUCAAUCGGGUGAUCCUGUCCAUGAAAAGGGGUCAAGAAUACACAGACUACAUCAAUGCGUCCUUCAUAGACGGCUACCGGCAGAAGGACUAUUUCAUUGCCACGCAGGGGCCUCUGGCACACACAGUCGAGGACUUCUGGAGGAUGGUCUGGGAGUGGAAGUGCCACACGGUGGUGAUGCUGACAGAGGUGCAGGAGCGGGAGCAGGAUAAAUGCUACCAAUAUUGGCCAACUGAGGGCUCAGUUACUCAUGGAGAAAUAACGAUUGAAAUAAAGAGUGACACCCUUUCCGAAGCCAUCAGUGUCCGAGACUUCCUGGUCACCUUCAGUCAGCCCUUGGCCCGCCAGGAAGAGCAGGUCCGCAUGGUGCGCCAGUUCCACUUCCACGGCUGGCCGGAGAUUGGGAUUCCGGCUGAGGGCAAAGGCAUGAUCGAUCUCAUUGCGGCUGUACAGAAACAGCAGCAGCAGACAGGCAAUCACCCCAUCACUGUGCACUGCAGUGCUGGAGCUGGGCGAACCGGCACGUUCAUAGCCCUGAGCAACAUUUUGGAACGAGUAAAAGCUGAGGGGCUUUUAGACGUGUUUCAAGCUGUGAAGAGCUUACGACUUCAGAGGCCACACAUGGUGCAAACCCUGGAACAGUAUGAAUUCUGCUACAAAGUGGUACAAGAUUUUAUUGAUAUAUUUUCUGACUAUGCUAAUUUCAAAUGAAGACUCCUGCCUUAAAAUAUUUUUUAAUUUAAUGGUCAGUAUAUUUUGUAAAAAUCGUGUUAAUUUAUUUCAUAGUGAACAUUAAUAUUCUUCCUAAUUUCUUUGUAUAUAUUUUGUUAUGUUUUAAAGGCUAUCUGCUCUAGAGUCAUUAAACCUUAAAUACCCCUUUUAAAUUGGAGUAAUGUAUUAAGGCCCCACAAGAUCUAUAUUUCUGCUAAUAUCAGUAAGUAAUUCUUCAUUAGAUUCAUGUCGUGUAAUGUCACACGUUGCACAUCUAUACAUAUCAUAAUUCUUAAUAUGCCAGGUGUGCUUAUGCAAGACACUAAACAAAGUCCCUUGUUAAGAAAACAGUUGAGGACCCAGAAAUCAGCUCAAAAUUUGCUUUCCAAUCAUUAAUUUUUAUAACCCUGAAAAGCACCUUUUUGUUUUCUUUGGUUUUUUUUUUUUUGCGGGGC